CUGGGGCCUGGGCUCUGGGCAGUGUCCACUGGGCAGCUCUGCAGAACCCAGCAGCCAGGGCUGCUGUGGAGCCGCCCACGCCCUCCGCACAGCUGAGAGGGAGUGGGGUCGCCAGGGCCUUUGCCUCUCUGGCCCAGGGCUGGCUGGACCCGAGGCCGGCUUGACCCGAAGCUGCGGGGACGAGUCUCGUGAGCGUGUGCGCCUGGUCUGCCCGUCCCAGGGAGGCUUGUGGGGGCUCCUUCCUGGUCUCUGGGGAAUCCAGACAGAGGCCCCAGCCUGAGUCCUCAGGCACCUGCAAGGACUGGACAUGGGCCAUUGGGAUUCCCAGGUGUGAUGUCAGCCCGGGAGCUCGUGGCCGGCCUCUGCCGGAAGGGGGACCAGCACCUGGCCCUGGGGGAGCCCCUGCUGGCCACGGCCUUCUACCUGGCUGCCUUCAGCUGCCACGCGCCCUCAGCUGUGCAGAGCGUGCAAGCAGCGCUGGCCGAGGCUCGGGGGGCCCCUGUGGUGGCCACCCUGGAGGCCUGGUGUCGUGGGGACGGCCGAAUCCCGGCCAUCCACUGGGACGGCAUGGCAGUCGUAUCCCUGACCGGGGCUCUGGCCUCCGCCUUCCUCGGCGCCCUCUGCCCAGACCACCCGGCCGCCGUCCUGCACUCGCUGGCUGGGCUGCUGGCCCAUGGGCGACACGGGGAGGUGGCCCUGCGCUGCACUGCCCUGCUGGACGCUCACUCCCAGCAAGCCCUGGAGCUGCAGCUGACCCGCGGCCUGGCCCAGGUCCUGUCUGGGGAGCGGGCAGGCGAUGGCGUGGCCGACUACCUCCAGGCCUUCGCCUCAAGCGCAGACCGGACCGUAGCCUUCGUCCGCACCCACCAGCACCCCUACCUCCCCACGCUGCUCGGAGCCCUCCGGAACCACCUCUCAGCACAGCCGGGGGCCACGGGCAGCGCUGGCCGGCAGGAGACUGACUGCCGGGGACUCCUGGCCGCCCUGGACCCCGAGGGCACCUGGAGCGAGCUCCUGUCACCAGAAGCACUGCUGCACGGUGGCAGGUACGAGGACAGCCUGGCAGCCUGCAGCAGGGCCCUGCGGUCAGACCCCAGCAGGGACAGACACCAAGACGAGCGCCUGGCGGCCCUGCUGGUCACGCGCGCGGCCGCGGCCUUCUUCCUGGGCGGCCGGACUGGCGACGUGCUGCGGGACCUGCAGGAGGCCUUCCGCGAGAGCCCGGGCGCGGCGCGGAGGCGGCUCCGGGCAGUGCUCUCGGCCGCAGACCAGGAACGCAUCCGAGAGCAGGCUCGGGAGGCGGCGGAUGCGGGCUUCGCCCACUUCCAGGAGGCCGUGCGUCGGCGGCCCCAGCUCCGCGAGGACGCGGGGCGCGAGGCGCUGGUCCCGGUGGCCCACGCGCUCCGUGUCCUGCUUCGCUUGGAGCCAGCAGGGGAGCGACCUGUGCUGGGCACCCGCCUGGCGGAGUGCCUGCUGCUGGCCGGGGACGUGGCGGGAGCCCGGGCGUUGUGCGAGCGUCUCCUGCGGCCCAGGCACCAUGGGGCGCCAGCUGGGGACCGCGCCGUGGACUGCGCGCCUCUGUUGGCGCUGCGGGGCUUCUGCGCGCUGCACGUGGGCGACGCCCCGCGCGCCAAGGAGGAUUUCCAGGCGGUGGUGGAGCGGGGGGCACCGCACCGGGGCGGCUGCGUUCGCGCGCUCUGCGGCCGAGGGCUGCUGCGGGUGCUGGCCGGCAGCGGGUUCCUGGGAGCGCUGGAUUAUGUCACUGCCUGCCGGCUGCAGCCCGAGGAGGCGCUGAUGGCUGCCAAGGCCUACGUGCCCUGGAACCAGCGGGGGCUGCUGCUGACCGUGCUGCGAGAGGAGGGCCGCAGGAUGCUGCUGCGCAGGCGGGACCCUGGCCCUGCGGGCACACCGGCCUGCAGAAGCCAAGGCGCGGAGAAGGACGACCCGGCAGCGCAGGAAGGGCCUCGUCUGACCUUCGCCUGGACUUGCUGUGGAAGGGAUGCCCGUGGCGUGUACCAGCUGGCCACAAUGCUGAUGGAGCUGGACAUGGAGGACGAGAGCUCGCGACUCCUGGCAGCUGACGCCCUGUACCGCCUGGGCCGCCUGGAAGAGGCCCACAAGUCCCUGCUGGUGGCCCUCUCCCGGAGGCCCCAGGCAACCCCAGUGCUGGCACGGCUGGCCCUGCUGCAGCUGCGGAGGGGCUUCUCUUACAAUGCCAACCAGCUGGUGAAGAAGGUGGUCCAGUCUGGGGACACGGCCUGCCUGCAGCCCACCCUGGACGUCUUUGACCACGAGGACCGGCUGCUGCUGCAAGGUUACUGCCACGCCCGGGCCCUGAGCAUCCUGCGAGCGAGGCCGAGCGGGCCGGACAGUGGGGCCCACACCAGGGAGGCCAUCGCCUACCUCUCUCUGGCCAUCUUCGCUGCGGGGACACAGGCCAACGAGUCCCUUCUCGUCCGAGCCGGCUGUUAUGGGCUCCUGGGCCAGAAGAAGACGGCCGUGUUUGACUUCAACUCCGUGCUGCGGGCCAAGCCGGGCAACGUGCAGGCGCUGUGUGGACGGGCCCUCGUGUACCUGACGCUGGACCAGCUGCAGGACGCUGUGGACGACAUUAUCUCUGCUCUCAGACUUGACCCGGGGACCGUGGUGCCUGAGAUCCGCUCUCUGAGGCCAGAAGCCCGGGUGCCGCUUACACAGGGCCUCCACUCCCGCUGCCGGGCCCUCCUGAGCCAGCCUCUGGACACGGGAGUCUCUCUCCGGGACGAGGACACCCAGGGCCUCCUGGCAGUGGGGGAGGCGCUGACCAAGAUCGAUGCCACACAGCCCAGCUGGCACCUCCUCCUCGCAGACAUCCUCAUGGUGCUGGGCCGCUACGAGGAGGCGGACACCUGCCUGCAGGGAGCCCCGCACCCCACCCCACCGUCAGCGGCUGCCCGGGCCCGGCGAGGCCUGCUCCUGCUCAGGAGGGGAGCUGUGCCUGCUGCAGUCCAGGACCUGCAGGGCCUGGCCGAGGUGGACGCCCAGGACCUGCACUUCCUGCUGCAUCUCCUGGGGGCCUCGGAGCGGCAGAGCAUCUCCCAGGUGGCAGCCCAGGAAGCCAGCAUCCUCCUGGACACAGGGCACCCCAGGCAGGCACUGGGCUACUGCUCGCUGGCCGUCCAGGCUGGUGGUAGCAGGACCUGCCACCUGCGUCUCCGGUCUGCCUGCCUGGCUGAGCUGCGGGAAUUUGACCGGGCACUCCAGGACCUGGACCGAGUGAUCCAGGAGGGAACCGGGGCCGGUGACCUGCCAGGGAGGGCAGAGGACUUCUGCUCCCGGGGCCGCCUGCUGCUGGGCCUGGGAGAUGAGGAGGGGGCCGCAGCAGCCUUCGCCCGGGCCCUGGCGCUGUCACCCGCCCCGGCCCAAAGCCGCCUGUGGAAGCAGCCAGGCCAGGCCCCCACUGCUGGCACGUUCCUGCGUCUCGGGCAGUGUUGCCUGGAGGGACAGCGCCACGGAGAGGCCCGGACCGUGGCCCAGAGCAGGUUCUUGGUGAACCCCAACCACGGCGGACUGAAGAGGCCGAAGGCUCAAACCCAGAGGACAGUGUCCUCCGGCUGCCGGCUGCUCUGACCAGCAGCUGUCCCACGCCUGGGCCCCAUCCCUGGGUGCUCUGCCUUUCGGAACCCAGAGUGCCCCCAGCUGCCCAAACCAGUGCCCUGCCACCUUCCUGGCCCUCGAGUGGCUUGGUGUUGGGUGGCCAGCCUCCCACCCUCAUGGAGGUGGCUCAGCCCCUGCGUUAGGCCUCCUCCCCCAAAGCUGGGGUCCCUUGGAUACGCCUGGACUCCAACCUCAAAGCAGCCUCAGGUCUGGUCCCUGGCUCAGGAUCCUGAAGAUUUCCCUGCUCCACCUUCCUGCUCGGAGCCUUCACUUCCUUCCUGAUUUUCCAGGAUUUCCCAAGGCACGUCCUUGCCAGGUCCUUCCACCCACCCAUCUCAGGCCAUCCUUCUGCCUGUCCGUCUGUCCAUCAGGAUGGGGGUGGGCCAGGUUCAGGGAGUUCUGGAAGCCCAGGCAGGUGGCCAGGGUUGGAGCUGCAGGGGUGGAGGCAGGUGCCUUUGCUCCGGCCAUCCUCCCCACCAGGCCUCCUGCCCCACCCCACUCGUGUGAGGACAUCUCAGAGUUGGUGGCAACAAGCGUAGUGUGCAUGACUCAAAUCCAGCGGGACGCCCUCCAGCCCACUCCUGCCUCUCCCUCCCAGGGUAACUCCCACACCCCUGGUUCACCUCACAGGGUCUCAGGUCCAUCUUGCUUGCAUGGCACCUUGCUAUAGCCUGAAUGUUUGUGUCCCCUGGAAGUCAUAGGCUGAGAUCCUAAGCCUGCUCAGCUGUGCCAGGAGGCAUGGCCUGUGGAGAUGACCGGGUGCUGGGAGCAGGGCCCUGGGGAAUGUGUUGGUGCCCUUAUUCAAACAAGCACAGCCAGGAAGCCCCCACCCCUUCCCACGAGGACCGUGGGAAGGCACUGCUAUGAGCCAGGAAGCAAGUCCUCCCAGACCCUGAAUCUGCUGGCACCUUGACCUUGACUCCCACCCUCCAGUGCUCUGAGAAAUAUAUUUUGGUAGUUGCUUA